AGUUAGAUUUCACUCGGCUAAAAUUUACACUUUCGCUGGAAAUAAGCAAGCAGUAAAUCAAACAUGGAACGGCAAGAGAGCGUGUAUAACCUCAUACCCAAGAAUGAGGUUAAAGUGGAGAAACCACCAAGAUACGUGUCAAAAUUCAACGAGCGGGUUAAGCAGGAGAAGCAGAUGAACAAGUCUUCACACAAGACCAUGGGCCCACCAAAGGCAGUGAUUCCCUCACCGGAGAAGUUCCUGCGCAAGUACUCCAAGGGACCUAAGCCGACUGAUAAGAUGUCGACAUUCAAGGAAGAAAACAUAAAAAGGUUGGCGAUAUCGACCAGAUGUGACAAUACGUGGAUGCGCACACAGUCAAAAAAGGACUAUGUAAAGAGCAACGUUAUGGACAACAUCCUCUCACCACCAAGGAAACCACAGCCUUCUUAUGCAUUCACAAAGAAUGGAGAUAAACAGCUCCUGGAAAAUUCGGGUCUUGUGCCGAAAUAUGUGAACAAAAAGGACUACGGGCAGAUACCUGAGUAUCUAGAGCAGCGUAAUGUGGAGGAGAGGAGAGCCCAGGAGGAGUAUGACGAAUACGUCAAAGAGCGUCUGAGACAGGGAGCCAUGAAGCAGCUCUCAGACGAGGAGCGUCUGUCCACCCUUCAGGGGCUGAAGAAGAAUUUGGAGGAGAUGCACUACCAGUUCCAGUGUCUGUCCAUAGUGAUUGACACAAUCCCCAAGAGGAAUUACAAGGAGAGGCUGGAGUUGCAGAUGAAGCAGCUGGAGAGAGACAUUGACCUGUUUGAGAGGCACAAAACCAUCUACAUCGCAAACAACUGA